AUGGCGCAGAAAGGAGUUCAGCUGAAUCAGGAAACCUUCUGUUGUUUCAUCUGUCGGGAUCUACUGAAGGAUCCGGUGACUGUUUCCUGUGGACACAGCUACUGCAUGAAGUGUCUUCAAAGCCACUGGGAUACAGAGGAUGAGAAGAAACUCUACAGCUGCCCUCAGUGCAGGCAGACCUUCACACCGAGGCCUGUGCUGCUGAAAAGCACCAUGUUAGCAGUUUUAGUGGAGGAGCUGAAGAAGAGCGGACUCCAAGCUGCUCCUGCUGAAGCUGCUGGAGCUGAAGAUGUGGCCUGUGAUUUCUGCAGUGGGAGGAAACUGAAAGCCCAGAAGUCCUGUCUGCAAUGUCUGGCCUCUUACUGUCAGAAUCAUCUUCAGCCUCAUUUUGAAGUAGCUCCUUUAAAGAAACACAAGCUGGUGGAGCCGUCCAAGAAGCUCCAGGAGAACGUCUGCUCUCGUCAUGAUGAGGUGAUGAAGAUGUUCUGUCACACUGAUCAGCAGGCUAUCUGUACUAUCUGUUUAUUGGAUGAGCAUAAAGGCCUCUCAGCUGCAGCAGAGAGGGCUGAGAGGCAGAGAGAGUUGGAGGUGAGUCGACAAAACAUCCAGCAGAGAAUCCAGGACAGAGAGAAAGAUGUGAAGCUGCUCCAACAGGAAGCAGAGGUCAUCAAUCGCUCCGCUGAUAAAGCAGUGGAGGACAGCCAGGAGAUCUUCACCCAGCUGAUCCGUCUCAUGGAGAAACGAUGCUCUGAUGUGACCCAGCAGGUCCGAUCCCAGCAGGAAAGUGAAGUGGGUCAAGUCAAAGAGCUGGAGGAGAAGCUGAGGCAGGAGAUCGCUGAGCUGAGGAGGAAAGACCGCGAGCUGCAGACGCUGUCACAAACACAGGAUCACAACCAGUUUCUACACGACUACCCCUCACUGUCAGCACUCAGCCAACCUACACACUCAUCCAGCAUCCACAUCCGUCCUCUGAGGUACUUUGAAGACGUGACAGCAGCUGUGUCAGCCGUCAGAGAUAAACUACAGGACGUCCUGACAGAGACAUGGACAAACAUCUCACUCACAGUGACUGAAGUGGAUGUUUUACAGCCACAACCAGAGCCCAAGACCAGAGAGGAGUUCAUCAGAUAUUCAUGUGACAUCACACUGGAUCCAAACACAGCACACAAAUAUCUGUUAUUAUCUGAUGGGAACAGAAAAGUUACAUGGACCAGUCAACCAGAGUCUUAUCCCAGUCACCCAGAUAGAUUCACUGGAGAAUCUCAGGUCCUGAGUCGAGAGAGUCUGACUGGACGUUGUUACUGGGAGGUGGAGAGGAGAGGAGGUGUUUUUGUAGCAGUCGCAUACAAGAAUAUCAGCAGAACAGGGGAGUGGAAUGAAUGUAGAUUUGGAAGCAAUAACAAAUCUUGGGCAUUACAUUGUUCUAACCGUGUUUAUUACUUUUGGUACAACAAUGUCCAGACUCCUGUCUCUGGUCCUCGGUCCUCCAGAGUUGGAGUGUACCUGGAUCACAGUGCAGGUAUUCUGUCCUUCUACAGCAUCUCUGAAACCAUGACUCUCCUCCACAGAGUCCACACCACAUUCACUCAGCCUCUACAUGCUGGACUUUGGGCUGGUGGUUCCACUGCUGAGCUGUGUAAGCUGAAGUAG